UCUCUGAGCCCAGUUCAGCACGCACGCGUCAGGCCGCUUUUUUCCGCCCGGCCCCUUUCCUCCACUCCCUUCCCGCCACUCCCCGCCCCUUUCCCGCCCGGAUGUUAUUCUAGUUUUGCCGGAUGUUGUUGUAUGUCCGAGAGACACGUGAGGUUCUGCUACGUCAUUACCAGGCACGCGCAGGAAACAUGGCGGCGGCGGGUGUUGUGAGCGGGAAGAUUAUAUAUGAACAAGAAGGAGUAUAUAUUCACUCAUCUUGUGGAAAGACCAAUGACCAAGACAGCUUGAUUUCAGGAAUAUUACGUGUUUUAGAAAAGGAUGCCGAAGUAAUAGUGGACUGGAGACCAUUGGAUGAUGCAUUAGAUUCCUCUAGUAUUCUCUAUGCUAGAAAGGACUCCAGUUCAGUUGUAGAAUGGACUCAGGCCCCAAAAGAAAGAGGUCAUCGAGGAUCAGAACAUCUGAACAGUUACGAAGCAGAAUGGGACAUGGUUAAUACAGUUUCAUUUAAAAGGAAACCACAUACCAAUGGAGAUGCUCCAAGUCAUAGAAAUGGGAAAAGCAAAUGGUCAUUCCUGUUCAGUUUGACAGACCUGAAAUCAAUCAAGCAAAACAAAGAGGGUAUGGGCUGGUCCUAUUUGGUAUUCUGUCUAAAGGAUGACGUCGUUCUCCCUGCUCUGCACUUUCAUCAAGGAGAUAGCAAACUACUGAUUGAAUCUCUUGAAAAAUAUGUGGUAUUGUGUGAAUGUCCACAGGAUAAAAGAACACUUCUUGUGAAUUGUCAGAAUAAGAGUCUUUCACAGUCUUUUGAAAAUCUUCUUGAUGAGCCAGCAUAUGGUUUAAUACAAAAAAUUAAAAAGGACCCUUAUACGGCAACUAUGAUAGGAUUUUCCAAAGUCACAAACUACAUUUUUGACAGUUUGAGAGGCAGCGAUCCCUCUACACAUCAGCGACCACCUUCAGAAAUGGCAGAUUUUCUUAGUGAUGCUAUUCCAGGUCUAAAGAUAAAUCAACAAGAAGAACCAGGAUUUGAAGUCAUCACAAGAAUUGAUUUGGGGGAACGCCCUGUUGUUCAAAGGAGAGAACCGGUAUCACUGGAAGAAUGGACUAAGAACAUUGAUUCUGAAGGAAGAAUUUUAAAUGUAGAUAAUAUGAAGCAGAUGAUAUUUAGAGGGGGACUUAGUCAUGCAUUGAGAAAGCAAGCAUGGAAAUUUCUUCUGGGUUAUUUUCCCUGGGACAGUACCAAGGAGGAAAGAACCCAAUUACAAAAGCAAAAAACUGAUGAAUACUUCAGAAUGAAACUGCAGUGGAAAUCCAUCAGCCAGGAACAAGAGAAAAGAAAUUCGAGGUUAAGAGAUUAUAGAAGUCUUAUCGAAAAAGAUGUUAACAGAACAGAUCGAACAAACAAGUUUUAUGAAGGCCAAGAUAAUCCAGGGUUGAUUUUGCUUCAUGACAUUUUGAUGACCUACUGUAUGUAUGAUUUUGAUUUAGGAUAUGUUCAGGGAAUGAGUGAUUUACUUUCCCCUCUUUUAUAUGUGAUGGAAAAUGAAGUGGAUGCCUUUUGGUGCUUUGCCUCUUACAUGGACCAAAUGCAUCAGAAUUUUGAAGAACAAAUGCAAGGCAUGAAGACCCAGCUAAUUCAACUGAGUACCUUACUUCGAUUGUUAGACAGUGGAUUUUGCAGUUACUUAGAAUCUCAGGACUCUGGAUACCUUUAUUUUUGCUUCAGAUGGCUUUUAAUCAGAUUCAAAAGGGAAUUUAGUUUUCUAGAUAUUCUUCGAUUAUGGGAGGUAAUGUGGACCGAACUACCAUGUACAAAUUUCCAUCUUCUUGUCUGUUGUGCUAUUCUGGAAUCAGAAAAGCAGCAAAUAAUGGAAAAGCAUUAUGGCUUCAAUGAAAUACUUAAGCAUAUCAAUGAAUUGUCCAUGAAAAUUGAUGUGGAAGAUAUACUCUGCAAGGCAGAAGCAAUUUCUCUACAGAUGGUAAAAUGCAAGGAAUUGCCACAAGCAGUCUGUGAGAUCCUUGGGCUUCAAGGCAGUGAAGUUACAACACCAGAUUCAGACGUUGGUGAAGACGAAAAUGUUGUCAUGACUCCUUGUCCUACAUCUGCAUUUCAAAGUAAUGCCUUGCCUACACUCUCCGCCAGUGGAGCCAGAAAUGACAGCCCAACACAGAUACCAGUGUCCUCAGAUGUCUGCAGAUUAACACCUGCAUGAUCACUGUUCUUGCUUUUUUGGGAAGAGACACUUUGUUGCAACCCUUUUUCAAGUACUUGAAAGUUGAAAAUUUAAAAUCUUGGUAUUGAUCAUGCUUUAAGGUUUAUGUAAAGAAAGUGUACUGAUGUUCUUACAUUAAAGCUUUACAAAGAUUUAAACUAAUUAUUUUUGUAGUUACUUCUACCAAAUAGCCUUUCCUUUUCGAUAACAUUCCUCAGUAUUUUUAUAGCCAAGUACAUUUUAUUUUCUUGCUGAUGAACUGGAAUUGGAUAAAUAUUGCAAGUGGAUGAGUUGGAAAUUAUGCACUUUGAAAAACAUUCACUUUGUUUAAGCUUGUUGGGUUUCAGAUUUGAUUAAAUUAAAUGUGGAGGCUUUCUAUAGCAUUCUAAGCUGAGAAGUAGAUUGUUACCCAGUAAUGAAAUAAAAAAUAAAAAUAAAAGGAUUUUUUUCUCUAUUGUUUACGACAUACUCAGCUUAAAUAUUUAUGCUGGUCAAAUGUGAUUUAAAUUGGACAUUUUCAUCAAUGCAGUCUAAUGUGUAGAUAAAUUAUUAUUUCAACCAUAAUAAGUGGAUUGGCAGUAUAUUUUUUACAUUGAACUUUUCUUCACUUGUAUAUAAAGAUUAUAUAUAAGUACUUAUUUAUGAGUAUAAGAAAGGUUAGGCAUAUUUUCAUUAACUGAAUAAAUGACUAUUGAUUUAUAUAACCUGGCUUAUCAAAAUUUAACAUGGCUUCAGUAUGAGAUCUUUUUCAAAACUAUUUUCUUAAACAUUUAUUUCAUGAGAUUAUGUUCAACCCUGUACCUGGUGUAAUUUUAAAAUUAAUUGCUUGUAACCUCACUUUACUAAUAACGUUUAUUAUCUUUCCUAAUAAUGCAUUAACUGAUUAAUCAGGUGUUUAAAUUUUUAUAAAAUACUCUUUGCAAAAAGUUUAUUUGAAAAAUUUCUAGAUGGUCUCAUGAGUUUCAAAAUAAUAAUUUUUGUGUAUGAACAAAGCUGUUGUUUUUACCAUGCAGUAUUGCAUGAUUUUAAGUUAUGUGGAAUUAACAUAACUGAUUUUGUUUUAAUUGUAAGUUGUUAACUCCUGUAUAUAUCAUUAAAAUAAAUCUGAAGUUGAA